AUGUGGGGGUGUGCUUCUUGCUAUUCGGCUGCGGCGGAGGAGGAGGAUGGUUCUCGAGAACAUAUAGUUGAAAUAGUUAAGAAGGUUAUGGUGGAGUUCUUCCGUAGGGAUGGUAUCGGGUUCGAAUCCCGGCAUGUAUCGAAUAUCGUGUGGUCUUUGGGGACCAUCCAGCUGCCUCUUCCUAGUGACUUCCUACUGCGUCUUCUGAGUGCAUGUACAGCCGUUAGUGACGACUUCAAAGACCAGGAGGACGCCAACACCAUCUGGGGCUUGGCUCGGCUUUCAGCGGCUGCUCUAGCUGCUGACGAGGGCAUCCACGCCAUACGUAAGUACAUAAUCGGACGAGUGCUCCGUCGAACAGACUGGGGUGUGCUUCGUCCGGAGGAGUUCGGUAUGGUCCUCUGGGGUGUUGCCGUAGGGGUCGGUUCCGAGGCAGACACUAUUGUAUUAGAGAGGCUAGCAAGAGCAGCCUCUGCCCUGGGUAGAAGGAUGGCAACUGAACCGCCAUCCCAUCGGGCUAUUGCUAAUGUCCUAUGGGCCUUCGCUUCCCUGCGGUAUGCUGAUGACAAUUUGCUUCGCUUCAUAAAUCUAACGUCACCGACGGUGGCACGGAGUGGUUCGGGGCGGCAUCUUUCUAAUGUGGUGUGUGCCUUGAGCGACCUUGGCUGUGCUCUACCUGAUGAGCUCUUAGAUGCAGCUAUAAAGGCGUGCUCCUAUCCCCCCAGCAACGCCACAGGCCGCCAUGCAGCGGGACUAUUACGUGCAAUAGCGGCAUCGGUGAACCGAAGGGAGGUGGGAGUUGCCGAACUUGUGCCCGUAGUGGCUACUGUAUGGAAGUUUUAUGAUGAAGAAGGGGAGGCUACGGCUCGACAGCUCUUUAUAGCGAGCCUCUGGAGUAGCCUCUGCACCCCUUCGCCGCUGAUGACUGACCGAAAGGAAAUUGAAAUGGUCGUUAGCGGAGCGAUGCAAGGCUUUGCUGUGGACGACGCAGCCAGUAGUCGUAUUCACGGUGAUGUCGCCAUGGUGCUGCGAAGGAUCGUUGGACCGAAGAUGUUGGUCGAGACGUCGGCGUAUGGCCUUAGUGUUGACAUCGGCCUUGGAGGCUCCGAUUCUGAUUGGUUUCAUGCCGGCCAUGGGCUUUCUCGGACGGGUUGUAGUGUCAUGCUGGGUCUCUCAGCGGCUCGUGUUGUCAUGACUGAAUCGGGCUCGUCUCCUGGUGUCGAGAUCAGCUAG